AUGUAUAUGCGCAUAACCGCAAAUCGAACCUAAACUAUUUAGAGAAUGUUUUAUGCUGACAUUAACAACAACAUCCGCGAAACAAUCUGUGAAAGUACUGAUAGCCGCUAUUUAGUGAAAGUGCUUAGAAUAAUUGAAUAACAAGCAAACAUUUUGGAUCAGAUAUUAAUUUACGAUUUAAUCUCUUAAUUGUUUUUUUUCAUAUUGUUCAAAAACAUAUUUACAUGUGAGCACUCUGCUAUUUAUGCCAAACUAUGGAGGCAUAUCCAGCUUAUCAGUUUUUUUACAACUUUAUUUACAUAUGUACAUGCGAUUGUGCUAACAAAAAUAUUUUAUGCCUUCAAAGAAGAAAUAAAUGUACGCUCAAGUUUAAGGUCAAAAAAGAAAGGGAACAUAAACUUCGGCUGCAGCGGUGCUAUAAUACCUUUUGCAGUUGCAUUUCUUGGCGAGAAAAGAUCCUGCACAAAAUUUCAGACUGAUAGUGCUAAGUCGACUCAGCUUGUCAUGCUGAUGAUAUCUCCAUAUAUGUAUAUAUAAUUUACAUAUAUAUCGGGUGUUAAGAACUUUGUGUCAACUUUCAUGUACCCUGUUCAGGGUAUAAAUAUAAGUUAUGCAUGGCGUAAAGAAUAAUGAAUCAUUAAACGCGAAAAGAACGACGAAUCACGUUUUUGAUAAAAAAAAAGAGUUUUCAUGACUUGAAAUCGCCAACUGAGCCAUACACUGGUUUAGUGUAAAUUGAACAUUGAAAGUGUACAUAUUAAAAAUUGAAAUAACUCAAGAUGUCCUCAAAAAUGGAAAUAGUACAAGCAGCUGACAUGUCGCUAGCUGCUAUGCAUUGUGCCCGCUGUGCGGACGGCUUCGAACCUAACGAGAAGAUCGUCAACUCCAACGGUGAACUCUGGCAUACACAAUGUUUCGUGUGUGCGCAAUGCUUUCGCCCCUUCGAGGAUGGCAUCUUCUAUGAAUUCGAAGGACGCAAGUACUGUGAGCGUGAUUUCCAUGUACUCUUCGCACCGUGUUGCAAUAAGUGCGGUGAAUUCGUGAUCGGGCGUGUUAUCAAGGCGAUGGGCGCAAGCUGGCAUCCACAGUGCUUCCGUUGUCAAAUGUGUGCCAAAGAGCUGGCCGAUACCGGUUUCAUACGCAAUCAAAAUCGUGCCUUAUGCCAUGAGUGCAAUGCCAAAGUGAAGGCCGAGAUAACGGGUCGUUAUAUGUGUCAUAAGUGCCAUGGCGUCAUUGACGAUGCACCGUUGCGUUUCCGUGGCGAAGUCUACCAUGGUUAUCACUUUAAUUGUACGUCGUGUGGCGUGGAAUUGGACUCAACCGCUCGUGAAGUCAAAAGUCGACCUGGCUUAACAGCCAACGAUAUGAACGAAUUAUACUGUUUGCGUUGCCAUGACAAGAUGGGCAUACCAAUUUGCGGCGCUUGUCGUCGCCCGAUCGAGGAGCGAGUGGUCACUGCUUUGGGUAAACAUUGGCAUGUCGAGCACUUCGUAUGCGCCAAAUGCGAGAAGCCUUUCUUGGGCCAUCGUCACUACGAGAAGCGUGGUUUGGCAUAUUGCGAAACACAUUAUCACCAAUUGUUUGGCAAUUUGUGCUUCGUUUGUAAUCAAGUCAUAGCUGGCGAUGUGUUCACAGCGCUGAAUAAGGCCUGGUGUGUGCACCAUUUCGCUUGCUCGAUAUGCGAUAUGAAAAUGACGCAGAAAUCGAAAUUCUACGAAUAUGAUGAGAAGCCAGUUUGCAAAAAAUGCUACGAACGUUUCCCUAACGAAUUGCGGCAACGUUUGCGUAAGGCACAUGAAAUGUCUAUGAAAAAGAACUUCUAAAUGUCUGCGUGAAAUCUGCUUAUAACAAUUAGAACAACACAUUGUGAAUGCAACGUUCUAAUACGCAAUGAUUACUAUAUGCAAAGUGAGGCCAAAAAAGUCAUAAAGCAAAGCAUAAAUGAUAAUUAAAAUUUUGAAGACUAACUAAUCCAUUGGCCAGCGUUGGAAAAUGCAUUAAAUAAGUGCCUGUAAACGAUAUUUUUUUUGUAUUUUUAAUACGGAACACUGUUAUAUUGCCAUUAUAGCCACUGUCUGAAUUCAAAACACAAGCACAAUAUACAUAUAUACAUACAUAUUUAUAUGUGCCUAGUAAAAGCAACAACUAAUAGUCAAUAUUAUUAACAUGUAAUGUACAGUAACUUUUUUAUUCAGAAGGCAGUAGUUUGCGCGUGCCGGUAUAUAAUUUGCAACGCGUGUUUAAAGUAUACAGUUUACAAACAGCUUCCAUAACAAUUUUAUUAUAUAAGUGUUUUGUAAAUGCCAACAUAUCCGAAUAAAAUUUCAUGUCUAAUUAUAAGGCGAAAAUUUA